AUGGUGAAGCAGAAGAAGUUGAACACAGCCAGUCUUAUCUCUUUCGAAUCUCAAUCUGGUCAUGUGUUGUUCGAGAUUGAGAGCAGCGCCAUUUCCAAGGAACUGAGAGUGCACUACCGGCAUGAUGACGUCGACACCACUCUGACGUCACAGCAGGAUAUUUCCGACUCCAGGUGGCACUCCAUCAUCGCCAGCGUGUCCCGGGACUCCCACCUCACCCUCUACGUGGACUGCAAAGUUUCUCUGAGCAAACAGUUGCACUCUAUGGAUUUGUAUAAAAAGUUUAACUCAAUUAAAAAGUUAUCUAAGUCAUCGUCGUCGUCAUCGUCACUGUUGAGGAAUGUUUGGAUUGGUCAGAGAAACGCCGAUUCUAUGUUCUUCAAGCGUUUAACUCGAUCACUUCAUUUUAAAAGAAUCUCGUGGCACUUCGAUACUUGCUUUAUUGUAUUGAUCCUAUCUCGAGGUAGUACAAUACUUGAUUAG